AACCUGUUACUUGGGAACUGUCUAACUUCAAACGUGUAGCAGCUGCUUAAUAAACAUUGUUUUUUCGUCAGCCGACGAAGGUGGUACGACUGACACUUGUGCCUAUUGAUUUUGCUUUCUGCAGAAUUAAUUUUUAGAGAGUUUCCUCUACUCCCGUGUGUGUGCCCCCCAAUUGCUGGCGCUAGAGUGUUUCCUUUACUUCCAAAUUCCAUCGACUCCGUGCAACCAGCCGUGUUGCAGUGCGUUGCCACCAGCGCUAGUGGCGUACGUUCCGAGCAGAAGGCGUGUAACGCGGCAUGAAUCAGUGGUGUUGAAUGAUGAAACGAUGAGCCUGUAAAUAGUGGUGUGACUCCCGGUAGUGUUAAUCUUCCUUCUGCCGUUCCUAGUGCUAGCUCCGUUUCCAGUCUCGAAUGGUGGUUUAGCAUAGUGUGUAUGUGUGUGUAUAGCGCAUAGUAGCCGUACCGUAGCCGUGCAUAGCAGUAGCGCACCCGCUGCCGGGUGUGUAUUGAAAAGAAAGGCGUUCACGACAGUGUGCACACAGUGACGACAAAGUUGGUGUCCCGCAGCACACAUCGACCGCGUUUUUGUCUCAUUCCGCGGGUGCGCUUUCAACCCCGGUCGCCGCAGUUACCAUACCAGCAGCAGCAGCAGCACCAGCAUGGAGAUUGUGCGUGCCGUAUCGGACACGUUCUGGUCGACGCGAGUGUGGCUGCCGCCGAACAUCACCUGGGAAGACAUACGGCCGGGUGUGCGAGCGGACGUGAACCAUGCCGACUACCGGCACCUGAUCUAUCCGAUACCGCUGGCCGCGGUCAUUAUCGUGCUGCGCUGGAUUAUUGAACGAUAUUGGAUUGCACCGGUCGGUAAGGCGCUCGGUAUCAAGAGCACAGGACCAAAGCCACCGAAACCAAACAAAGUACUGGAGGCGGCAUACAAUGUCAACGCCCGGCUAAGCCACAAAACGACCAUGCGAUUGAUGAAGCAGGUGGAUUUGAGCGAGCGACAGAUCGAGUACUGGUGGAGACGCCGCCGGGCCCAGGACAAACCGACGACGCUGGUCAAGUUUUGCGAAACGUCGUGGCGAUGCAUCUACUACACGUACAGCUUCAUCUUCGGCAGCAUCGUGAUGUGGGACAAGCCGUGGCUGUGGGACAUCAAGCAGUGCUGGUACGGCUACCCGCACCAAUCGGUCACGAACGACAUCUGGUGGUACUACAUGAUCUCGAUGGCGUUCUACUGGUCGCUGACCGCGUCCCAGUUCUACGACGUCAAGCGGAAAGAUUUCUGGCAGAUGUUUGCCCACCACAUGAUCACGAUCCUGCUGAUGGCGCUCAGCUGGGUGUGCAAUCUGCACCGGGUCGGCUCGCUCGUGCUGCUGGUGCACGAUUGUGCCGACAUCUUCCUGGAGUCCGCUAAGCUGACGAAGUACGCACAGUAUCAGAAGGUGUGCGACACCAUCUUUGCCAUCUUCACCGUCGUGUGGAUCGUGACGCGGCUGAUGCUGUACCCGCGCAUCAUCUACAGCUCGUCGGUGGAGGCGCCCCAGAUACUGCCCAUGUUCCCGGCGUACUACAUCUUCAACACGCUGCUAAUACUGCUGCUCGUGCUGCACAUAUGCUGGACGUAUUUGAUCGUGCAGAUUGCAGUGAAGGCGAUCAAAUCGGGACAGAUGGAGGGCGAUGUGCGGUCCAGCUCGAGCGAGGAAAUCUCCGACAGCUCGGAAAACUCGCGCCCGGUGCUAACGAACGGUGGUACGCCGAAGAAGCAGCCGAGCAUGAACGGAACGAUGACGGCGAACAGCGUCAGUGCUUCCCCGAAGAAGAAACAAUAAAACAACAAAACCCGUGUGUAGCACCGACGCAACGACGACCGGCCUUUGGUGUGGGUCGGCAGGGGUGCCACCAGCAGAGGCGGUGGGGUGGCACGCGUAUAUCAUCACGUAGCUGGCGAAUGCGUCCCAAGCGUAACGCAUUCCCCAAAACACACACACACACAGAAAACACACGAAAAAAAAGAACAAAACAAAACGCAUUACACGCAUGUUACUAUUGGGUGUUGCAUCAUGCUGAGAGUAAAAGAAAAACAAAACCGCAUCAUGUUACACUACCGCUGCAUUAUAUAGUAUAGUCGAUCGUGGACGUGUGUGAUUGCACGUGCUGCGAGGAACCUAGAACCCUUGGAGAACUAGCUGCAUACGAUGCAGCCAGGGUGCAACGCUACUAUACCUAAAUCCCCAGUUUCUCUUACCCGUUUAGUCAAAUAGUGCAGAGGAAACGGAACGGAUUGAUGAUAGAUUUAACCAGCAAAGAGUAGGGAAGGCUUCGUAAAGGAUCGGACCGGAUGAACGGAUGUACCAGCUCCGCACCAGGGGUAUAGAUUGUUUUCUUUAUUUCCUUUUUUCUUCCUUCCUCUAGGGUACAUUUAAACGAGAUAGGAUUAUGGGGAAGCAGCUCCUUCCCCUGUUUUGCUGUAAGAAGAAAUUGUACUGCAGGAUUAUUUGUGAACAAAGAAGAAAAGCAUUAGAAAAAGAAAGCAAAACCGUGGAAGUGUAAUGAAACGGAAAUCAAACACACAGCGCAGAAGCUAGAGAUAAGUAUUUAUUAGCUAAGUAAAUCGUUAGUAGAAGCGGCGAGCGGCAGCUCGCAGCUGCAAAAUGGGGUGGAAAACCAGUGGUUGAAUUUGCAACAAAAGCGACACAAAUAUCGUGAGUGUGUUGAUUGAUCGUGUUUAGCUGAAGGGAAAGCGAAUGAUAGGGGAGAAAAGUACACAAAGUAGUACAUACGUAAACACAGCAAAUGUUGUUAAGGCUGGCGCGUGUGCGCGUUUGUGUUGCAACAAACGAGCUCUAACAAAAAGAGGAAACAAAAAAACGGGACAAAAUCAGUAAUAAAUAUAGUUUGAAAGUGACAAUGAAAAGCAAAAAACGCGAAGGGUUGUGGAGUAAAAAAAAUAGUCCCAAAACGGUCAUUGCAGAUUGCAGAUCGCGUUGCUUACGGCAAUUUUGCUCUGCCCUUAUUUGUAGCAACAAUUUCCGCAUUUCCGCACACAUUCCGCAUUAGCAGCUGCCCUAUUUUGCCUUCUCUCUCGUGUGUUGUAUUUUGGUUUGCUGAUUAAGGGUUUUUUUUUUUGUUAUAAAAGAUAAAGGAUAAAACGUGGCAUUAGUGACGAAGCGCAGUCGACAUGUUGAAAUAUUUAGCUAGACAUUUCGUAGAUCGUUUAAGCGAGCGUGUACCAAAUACUCGACGAUUUAAAUGGUGCUCUGGUGAUGAUGAUGAUGAUGAUGUGCUUGCUUUUGUGGUAUCUUCGUUUUGUACUAAAAGAUGUAAUUCAUCAGCUGCGCGUCCCGUUUCUAUCCUCAAUAAGCAGCAAACAUGCUGGGGCUUCUGCUCUUGAGCGCGUGAAUGAUCAGUCAAAUCAGUUAAUGGUAUGUUGUCUCGUUGAGGGUGGUGGGCGUCCUAUAGUGCGCCGACUCUGCGCUGUUUUCAUUCACUCUACCAAAGUUUAUGUUUACUGUACUCUGGAAUAUGAUGAUCGUUAGGAUGGUCGCACCGGUAACUCACGCGCGGGCGGAUGGAAAUCGAGAAAAAGGGCAUCGUUGUAUCGUGUUUGAUCGAUCGAUCGCAUAGUGUGUGAGUAUGUGUGUGUGAAAAGAUAGUGCCCCCUCCAAAAAAAAAAAACAAUAUAAAUAUCCUUCAUAAGACUGCAUAGCAGAAUAGAGAGGAAGAACUCCUGUGCAAAGAGGAAAAGGCACCGCGACGCGAUGCUGGUUGCAGUGGUUGAUAGGUAUGAGGCAUGAGGCAAAUGGGAAUGAAACAGACGAACAACGCGGGGAAAAAGAGCUAGCUAUAUGUAGGUAAAAAUAGUAAAAAAGUGUUUUACAAAUUACAAGAGAUAUUCACGAUGAGUCGACGAAAGUCUUCGUCAUUUUUGAAAUCUUCGCUUGAGUGUCCUUACUGAAAAACAAACCCCUAUAACAAACAACGUUUUAUCCUGUUAUUUUUUCUUCCUCUUUAUCAUCAUAUACCAGCUAACUGCAUUCGUACUACAAAUGGGGGAAAUGUUCAGUUCCCUCACACUCCAUUACCAUCACCUUUUUCGAUCGGGGUUUUCUUCGCUGCUGCUCGAGAGCAUGUAAUCGAAGCAACCCGCGGCGCUCUCCAUACCAGAUAGUUUUAGAUAAAUGUUCAUCAUUAACGCAUUAUUAACAGCAAAAACAAACGUGUAUAUGCUUAGGAAAAAGUCCUCUUCUGCAAAAGUGACGCUAGAAAAGGGAUAGGACACGUACGUGUGGUAGACGAGAAGGGGUAGAAAGGGAAGCCGGUUACCGUUUUGGGCGUGAGUGCGUGUGUGUGAGAGAGGAAGGUGGAAAAGAAUGCAAAUGGUGUUAGAAGAAAUCACAUCACGUCGCGAGAAAAUCUGUAAAUUAGUUAAAACAAAAUAAAACAAAAUCAGUUUCCCGGGAACAAGUAAA